CGAGUCCCGACGCGCCCUGCUCCCUCCUCCUCCCAGGGAGGUUCUGCAGACGGGACAGUGGCUGCAGGUGGCCAGAUACUCCCCCAGCCUCCCCCAGGAAUGAGUGUCUAUGCUGCCAAGAGGGUGAUCGGAGAGGCUCAGUGGAGCGCUGAGCAGCUAGAGCAGUGUAAACUAGGCAUAGUGAAGUUCAUUGAAGCAAAGCAAGUCCCAGAGGUGGAGACGUGGUGCACCUGGUGGUGGCGUCAAGCGACACUCGUCACAGUGUGGCCACUGCAGCUGAUCUGGAGCUGAAGAGCAAACAGAGCAUCAUCGAUUGGAACAAUCCUCUGAUUAUCAACAAGAUGUACAAGGUGUAUCUGGGAGACGUUCCUCUUAAGACAAAGGGCGGCAAUAUGAAGCAAGAGCUGAAACACGAGCCAGUAAGCACAAGAGUCAAACUGAAGAUUCUACCACAUCUUCUACGGUCACGCCUAGCCGCAGAGUGCUUUCCAGCUAAUAUCCAGGUUGUGUACGAUGGUCUGUUUGGAACCAACACCAACAACAAACUGCUGUCUCUCACCUUACAGUUUGUCCAUCACAUUGCAUGGUAUGUCCUGACACUAAUAAACCGUUGGGCCUAAUGCUGCUUAAUGGCCUUACCAAGCUCAUCAAUGAAUACAAGGAGGAUCCUAAGUUGCUAUGUGUUGCCUACUCUGCUGUUGGAAAGCUGUCAAGCCGCAUGCCACAGCUGUUCACAAAGGAUAUUGCACUUGUACAGCAGUUUUUUGAGUCCAUGUGCAAGGAGGAGCCGGAUGUCCGUCUUGCCAUCCAGGAAGCUUUGUCUAUGAUGGUUGGAGCUUAUGCCAACCUACAGGGGGCACUGCUGAACCUGAUGGAGGCCCUGGUGGCUGCAUACAUUGGAAAGCCGGAAGUGCAAGUUCGGCAGGUGGCCAUGAAGUUUGCCAGCACGGUGUUUGGUCCUGAUCACGUGCCAUCAAGAUAUCUACUGCUACUGGCAGCUGGAGACCCGAGGGAGGAGGUGUCUGCGGAAGCCCAAAAGGUGCUAAGAGUUUUUCCUACCAAGAGCUCAGAGAAGGAGGGACCAAAGCCAAUGCCCUCCUUUCCUGACAUGGUGGCCUAUGUCCAGGAGAAGGCUGCUCAGAGGAUCAAGACUCCAGCUAAGUACAUUGUUGGAACCUCCACUAUUCCUUUCAACCCAUCCGCGUUUGGGGAGGUAAAUAUUAAUUGGUGAUCAGCCUGUACAUUCAGUAAAUGUGACACAAGAUGAGUUUGCAA